UGUAUGUUUUCCUGCAUGUCAUAAAAAAUAAUAUAUGUUAUUUUUUAUAGACCUUUGUAGGUAUAUCUCCCUAUUUUUCCUAAUAUUUAUCUCGGUGUAGCCAUGUGAAACGGAUCUUCUCUUCUAGCCACUGAUGUGAUACUUCAAGAUGCAGUUGAGUAGGAAAUAUGUCAGUCAAUAUUAAAGGCAUAAACAGUCUCCCUGGGAUUUGCACAACACCUCAAGCACGGCAACUAUUGCAUUCCCUUUUUCAAAUUAUCCUAGUUAUGGCUUUUUUAUUCAUGAAGACUGGUUCCUGAGAGUCAACAGGAGACACCCAGUCUUGGGCCGUCCAAUUAAAGUUUCUGCUUCCAAACCGAAGCAGAGAUUUUGGAUUUACAGACCCUUGCAAGUCUCUGUUCUUCCUGUGGGCACUGCUGUUCACUCUCUGUAUGCAAAUUUUCCACAAGUGGUUUUUCCUCCUUACUGGCCUAUGAACAUGGGGCAGAAGGCAUCUAGUGGUAUUAAAACUGUUUCAAUAUCAAGAGUUUCAUCGGCAACCAUACACCGGCCAAUGGCUAAAGAUCUUGCAAUUAAUCCUGAUCUUCAAAGACCUGGUCGCCUGGAUGUGCUUUUAGAUAUGCCUCCCGCAAGCAGGGAGCAACAGCUAAAACAUGCAUGGAAUCCUGAUGAUCGCUCGCUGAACAUUUUUGUGAAAGAAGAUGACAAGUUGACUUUUCAUAGGCACCCCGUUGCUCAGAGUACUGAUUGUAUCAGAGGCAAAGUAGGCUAUACUAGGGGUCUGCAUGCAUGGGAGAUUCACUGGAAUAUGAGACAAAGAGGAACCCAUGCCGUAGUUGGAGUGUCUACUCGUGAUGCACCUCUUCAUUCCGUGGGAUAUCAGUCACUUGUUGGAAGCAAUGCAGAAUCUUGGGGUUGGGACUUGGGUCGUAAUAAACUGUACCAUGAUGUGAAAAAUAACCCUGGUGUUACUUAUCCUAGCCUUCUAAAUUCUGAUGAACCUUUUGUAGUUCCAGAUAGCUUACUUGUAGUUCUGGACAUGGAUGAAGGUACUUUAUCAUUUGUUGUUGAUGGACAAUACUUAGGUGUAGCAUUCCGUGGUUUAAAAGGCAAGAAGCUGUAUCCUGUUGUUAGUGCAGUUUGGGGACAUUGUGAAAUUACUAUAAAGUAUUUUGGAGGACUUGAUCCUGGACCUUUGCCUUUAAAAGACAUUUGCAGACGUGUUAUAAGACAACAAAUUAAUAAAAAACGCCUUGGAAGAAUUAAUGAACUGAGUUUACCUAAAGCAUUAAAAAGUUAUCUCUUGUAUCAAGAUUGAACUAAAUUCUAUUUAAUCUAGUAUGAACUCAGUUUUGGGACCACUUACAACGUACGAGGUGUCUGUCCGAAAAUUGUGUGAAUGGUCCGGAUCAUUUGUGCCAUAUGAUAUAUCUUCUGCGGUGGAAAUUGCAUUUUUAAAAAAAAUUAAUAUAAUUUUCUGAUUCCAAUUCAAAGACGGAUUAUUAUCUACUCAUGCUUUCAGUUUUGCAUUACUUUUGCAAAAAUUGGGGCUUAAGUAGAAUCUAAGUACUUAAAAUUUAAGUUAUACUAAUAAUUAUGUAUUUGCUCACAUAAAAAUGCAAUCUGUUAAAUUAUUGCUCCUUGAAAAGCAGUGGUGCAGCCAGGUAUUCAUUUCGAAGGGAGUCCAAUUAUAUAUUAAGUCUUUAAAAGGAUAGAGAAACAUAGACAGUAACAGAUGUCCUCUAAUCUGAUUUUGCUUAAAAUCUUCUAACAAAUUUAAAAUGUUUUCCCCCAUUCCUCUUUUAACAAAAAGACUCAGACCAUGCUUUCACUUUGAAGUUUUUUCUUACCAGGAACUAUGUUAGUGUAUUUUGUCGCAAUAUCAAUUUUUUGUAAAGUAAUUAUGUUUUCUUAUGAAAAAAGAAAAAAUAAUUGCAAGUUUUCAAAUUUAAUUUUCCAUAUAUUAUACGAGGAGUAGGAAAUUUAUAAAUUGUAUACAUUCAACUUGAGUUUUCUUGUAUUAUGCAAUAUGAAAACACAGACAUUUUUAUAUUCGAAUUUUCUUCCUCUUUUUGGGGAGGGUCCAGGCCCCCUGGACCCUCUCCUUGGUUACGCCACUGUUGAAAGAAUAUUUCCUUCGUAUUCACUCUGAGAAUAAAUUUUUUUUUCUACAAUUGUGGCGGUGAGAAGCAAAGGGAUGUAAGUGGCUUACUCAAAGUUUUGAGUACAAUGCAUUUAAAGUUCAGGUACUGGGUCGACUUUUAUUGAAUUUGUUUUCCAAAUCAUGUUAUAUAGCAGAAAAAACCUACCAGGGCUACUAGAACUAUCCCUUGCCUCAAGACAGGAGAUUUUCUCAUAUUUUAACUGAAUAUCACGAAAUUUUAAAUUUUGGCACUUGCAUCACUUUGCUUCUCACUGCCUCAGUUGAUGUAAGAAACCUAAAAUAAACUGAAAGCAAUGCUAUUCUUUAAAGAGUAAUAUAUUAAUUUGUAGGGGUGAUUGUGUUCCGGUGUUUUACCGAAUUUUCGGUAUUUUUAUUUUUGAAAAUACCAGAAUUAUGUUGUUUUUUUUAUGCUUUUAUCUCCCUACUUCUGCAUUUUUUUAAAAUUAUAUAAUACUCAUCAAAUAUACCUGCAAGAGCCUUAAGAUGGACACCUAUCCCUUAAGAUGGACAAAUGUCAAGAUAAUUUGUAUAACACCAACUCAAAAGUAACUUUGUAACCCAUUAAAAAUUUGAUCAAAUGUACACACAGUAUUUUGACUCAGAACUAUUUAAUACUAUGGCAAAGGUGCACUUAAGUAAUAGGGGCCAAAGAUUACCCCCUCCCCCCACCCCGUUCUCGCUUUGAAACUUUCAGGUAUUUUUUGAUGAAUUCACAAUCACCCCUGAAUUUGCUUUUGUGUGUCAUUUAUCAUUCAUAGUCUCAUUUUAUAUUCCAGAUUUAUUAAGGUCUCUUUAAAGUUUUCCAAUCAAAAUCUAGACCUGAAUGACUCAUGAUAACUGAGUGAUUUUUGUAGUUCUUUCUGCUGUGGUUUCAUAUUUGAUGACAAAGCUUUAAAAUAUCAAGUUCAGCUUUUGGGAUUUUUUUUUUCUUCUUCCUUUUUAUGCCAGCAAAUACAAUAAUUUAUUUGUGCUUUCAUUUAUGCUAUGUUCAAACUUCUUAGGAUAAUUGUAAUCGUCAGUGACUUUAUUCUAGUUUGUUUUGUAAAAUUAAUACAGAAUCUAGCAAAGUUUGGCAGCUAUCUACCUCAUUUGCUAGAUUCUGGUAUCACAUUCAAAAAUGGCUAUAGUCAGUGUAAGGAUGAUUUUUCAUGUUUUUUUGUACAUGCGCUUUUUUAUUUUGUUUUUUAUUGACCUUUAAUUUAACAAAGUUUUAUUUUUAGUUAUUUUUUUCAAAUUUUGGUUUUAUUAAAUGGAAUAAAUUAAGAACUGUAAAAUCAUUGUGAAUAUCUUAUAAAUAAUGUAUAUAAUUUUGUUAAUUUAAACAAAUUUUAAGUGUGCUUUGUGUUGCUUUUUUAUGAACUGCAUUGUGUUUUAUUUAAAAAUAGUUCAAAUGUUGUAGCAGCUUACUUUGAAUGCUUUGGGGACCAUGUAAAGCGUCUAAAUUAUCUGUAUUUCACAUUCAGUUUGCUAACAAUUUUAACGAUGUAUUUUUUUCAAUUACAAGAAAAAAAUUAAUUACUUCAACCAAACAUUAAUUAACCUAUUAAAAAUUAAUGAGGCAUCAUUUUUUGGCAUUUUACUUUUUGUUCUAAAUAAAUGCAAUAUUUUACAUUCUAUUGUAAUUUUCAGUUAUUCGCUAUAAUAAGUUUCCAAAUGUGAAAUGCUUUACAAUAUAUAUUAAGAGCUUUUCAUAUCAAUAAAAAAAAAUACUUUUCAAAAAUAAUAAAUUUUAUUUGGUUUGUGAUUUUCCUGUGUAAGGUGGUAAGAAACGUGAUAAAUAUUUUAUUUCAAUGAAAAUUAAUUUAAGUAAGCUCCUCAUUCUUGUUAUGUAUUUGCCAAUGUUCAAAAUUAGCUUAAUGUAAGUUCUUGGUUUAAGUAAGAUGAACAUUUUAUUUCAAAAAAAUGUAGUAUGGCAACAUACUUUUCACA